AUGUCAUCCUCCAAGCGACAGCCUUCCAUCGAGAUAACCACCGAAGACCUCAAUGAAGCUCUCUCGGAGAUAGCGAACGGCCUUGUCCGUGACCAACAGGACAUCGCCUUAGAGGACCUGAGCGAAGUAGAAUCUAUCGCCGGGGACUCCAGCAUUGGAGAAAACGAGACGGCAAGGGCGUUGGCCAGAAUCAACAGCGACUCCUGCGAGAAGAUGCGGCAAAGAUAUGUUGCGAGAAAUCAGGAGCUGAUGCAGUUCGUGAGCGGACUCUCGCCUCGCUCGGCGAUGAUCGCGGUGGAGCUCUGGAAGAAACACGUGCAGCUUUACGACAAGUUCAUCGAUGCUAUCAUGGAUGUGUUUCAGAUGGCGGCGAAGGCAAUGUUGAAUAAGCUGAUGGAGGCUUUGAAGAAUGCAUAUCAGAAGAUAAAGGAUAUUUUUACGCUUGUCUGCCAGAGCGUGCAGAAGUUGUUUUCGUAG